AGAGCUUCUCCAAGAGCAAAGGACUUCCUCACUUCCAGGAGCUAGCCCCCAGCACCCCAGGCACAAGUAGAACAUCACAUCUCACCUGAAGAUGUCUUCCGGGUCGCCGUCUCGGAGCACCUCCCCGAGCUCCGACUCGGAGUGGAGCAAGAAGGAGAACAAGAUGUUCGAGGAGGCACUCGCCUACUACGGCGUGAGCGCCCCCAACCUCUGGGAGAAGGUGGCCAGCGCCAUGGGGGGCACCAAGUCCGCCGAGGAGGUGCGCCGCCACUUCCAGCUCCUCGUCGACGACGUCGACAGCAUCGAGCACGGCCGCAUCCCCUUCCCCAAGUACAAGACCCAGGGAUUCUGGACCUAAUAAACGGAUCGAUGAAGCAGUGUAAGCUCCAGUGGACAGUGAAAAAAGUUGUACAAAGUAGAUCUCUUAAGAAUGGGCCGAUGUUCUAGGAGGAAGCAAGGGUAUCCAGCAUUGGUUAGAAUAACAGGAAGGAAUGGAGUGUUGUCUAUUGUGUGGACAGAGUAUUGUUAGGCCCUGUCCAAGGUUAAGUCUGUUAGAUUCUCGUCUACAUUCAUGAACUGCAUGUUGUUAAUUAUCCCGUGGAACCAAGGUUAAUUAUCCCGUGUUAUUUGUAAGAAGUUGUACCUGUA